AUGUCAAAUGAACCUAGUGAAAAGCUUAAUUAUGGAACAUUUAAUGAAGAUUAUUCAAAUUCAUCUUGUAUUGUGGCUACAAAUGUAUCAGGUGGUAUAACAUUUGUGUCAUGGUAUAAUAUAAUAUUAUUGGAACAUUAUCCUACUAAUACAACAAAACUUUCAGGUCCUCGAAUUUUUGAAUUAGAUAUUGGAAAAUUACAUCAAUGUCAACUAGAAAUUUCCAAUGAAUCUAUAACUUCUAGAAAAAGGCUUCUUUCUCUUAUUCAAUCUAAAUUCAGACAAAGUAAACAUUUUACUACUUUUGAAAAAGAUUCAGAACAAACUCUUACAUCUUUAAUGUUAAAAUACAAUAUGGUUACAAAAACUGGUCAACUACACUCCCCUGCCAAAA